AUGAAGAUGAAGCACGCACCACUCCUACUACAGCUCGCCGCGGGCACCUCUCUGCUGGCAGCAGCCGAGUCGUUCGACUAUAUCAUUGUCGGGGCCGGAACGUGCGGUCUGGCCGUGGCGAACCGCCUGUCUGAGGACCCAUCGGUCACGGUCGCCGUCAUCGAGCCGGGGACAGACCAGCGCAACAACGUCAAUGUCACAGACCCAGCGCUCUUCAGCGCACCGUUCGGCUCCGCAAUUGACUGGCUCUACACAACGAUGCCACAGUCUGGUGCGGCAGGGCAAACUCUCCAGCUGCACCAGGGCAAGGCCUGGGGCGGGACCAGCACCAUCAACGGUAUGACCUACAUCCGCGGCGAUGCAGCUGAGUUCGAUGCUUGGGAAGAGCUCGGUAGCAAAGGGUGGAACUGGGCUGCUCUGGAGCCGUACUUUCACAAGUCGGAGAAGUACAUCCUCCCUACCAAGGAACAAGUGCUCGGCGGCGUGACGUACGAGACAAAGUAUCACGGCUUCGAUGGCCCUGUGCAUGUCAGCUACGUCCAGACAUUGCGAAACAAUAACGUGACUCCGCUCCUUAGAGAGACUUGGAAAGGAUUGUCGAUCCCACUCAACCCCGACCCGAACAGCGGGCAUAUGCAUGGUCUCUCCAUGGGGCCCCAAACCAUUGACCGGGACCUGAAUCUGCGAUACGACUCGGCGACGGCGUACUUGCAUCCGGUAGAGACUCGCCCUAACUUGAAGAUCAUCAAAGGCACUGUGAAAAGGAUCACCUGGGCGUCGACGAAAAACAAGCGAACGAACCGCAAGCAGUGCAAGGCCGUCGCCAAUGGGGUUGAAUACCUCACCGACGACGGCGUCUCGCACGCUGUCGAGGCAAAGCGCGAGGUUGUCAUCUCUGCCGGCACCGUCCGCACACCACUCGUCCUCGAGAGCUCCGGAAUCGGCAACCCAGCCCUCCUCAGCUCUCUGGGCAUCGACACGGUCGUAGACCUCCCGACGGUAGGCGAGAACUACAUAGAGCAGACCAACCACAUACUCGCCUUCUUCAGUACAGGUACCCUCGACCUUUCGACGAGCGCAUACCAUACCUUCCUCACAGCGGCUGACCUCUUCGGCGAGGACCUGGCCGCCGUCGAGCAGCGCACCGGUGAUAGCCUGCACGCGUGGGCCCAGGCCGCCGUCGACGCGUCGGGCAAGAACGCCCUCGACAUCGCCGCGGUCGAGAGUGUCCUGCAGGUGCAGCACGACCUCAUCUUCCGCCGCAAUGUGACCAUUGGCGAGAUAAUCCACGGCGCGUUCCCGGAAGACACGCUGGCGACCAACUACUGGUACCUUCUGCCCUUCUCCCGCGGCAGCGUGCACCUAAAGUCCAAGGACAAGAUUGACGAGCCGGCCAUCGACCCGCGGUUCUUUACGGCAGGCUUCGACAUGGAGGCGACCAUCGCGACGGGUAAGUUUGGGCAGAAGUUCUUCCUGUCGAAGCCGCUGAGCGAUUACAACACCGGGCCGCGGGUGCCGGGCGCCGAUAUUCUGCCAAACAAUGCGACCGACGAGCAGUGGACAGCAUAUCUCCAGCACAACGUCGCGCCCAAUUCGCACGGCAUGGGCACGGCAGCCAUGAUGGCCCGGGAGCUGGGCGGCGUGGUUGACCACGAGGUCCGCGUGUAUGGCACGGCCAACGUACGCGUCGUAGAUUCCUCUGUCAUCCCGAUGCAGAUCAGUGGACACAUGACCGGGCCGCUCUAUGCUCUGGCCGAGAGAGCCUCUGACAUCAUCAAGAAGACACCGUUCAAGGACGUCGAAAAAGUUGAGCCUGUACAAGGCAACACCACCUCUGAAAAUGGUGUUGAAGCCCGGCUCACCAGGAGUAAUACCAACGACGGUGACGAUGCACAGCCUGCAAUCGAGCGGCAGCGUGCUGCAUGGGACGGACCCGACGACCCAGAGAAUCCGCUUAACUGGCCGUCGUGGCGAAAGAUUGUGCUGGCUCUAUGCGUGUCCCUCGGCCAGCUCGCCACGCUCAUGAGCGCAAGUAUUGUCGCGGCUGCCCUACCGCAGAUCUCUCGCGACAUCGGACUCGCCGCCAACCCGACCCAAAUUGCAUUCUCCGUCUUCUUCCUCGGCUUGGCGACCGGCCCAUUCCCCGUGGCGGCUCUGUCAGAGAUGUACGGCCGCAAGCCCGUCUGGCUAUUUUGCAACUGUAGCUUUAUCUUGUGGAAUGCGCUGUGCCCUGUGGGAGACAAGGCAGGCCUGCUCAUUGUUGGGAGGUUUAUGGUGGGCGUAAGCGCCAGUGUAGGCCUCACGCUGACAGGGCCAAUCAUGGCAGAUAUGUAUCCCGCUUCCGAACGUGGCAAGUCUCUCGCCAUUGCCGGCAUUCUGACGUAUCUCGGCCCUGCCCUCGGCCCCAUCGUCGGCGGCAUCGUGUCCCAGUACAUCCACUGGCACUGGCUGUUUUGGGUGCUCUCUUUCUUCAUAGCUGCGGUCACCAUACUCGGCUUCUUCGUCAUCCGCGAAACGUACGCACCCAUACUGCUCUACCAUCGGGCUGUCGCCCGCAAUCCCUCCCUACACGUCUCUGAGUCGCCCUUGACGAGAAGAUUCUGGGUGGAUCUGUCCGGCAAGUUGCGCUUCAACCUCCUGCGCCCCAUCAAGCUCAUGGUCACACGGCCCGUCAUUCCCUUCAUCGGCCUCAUGUACGGCGUCGAGUUCGGAAUCUACACCCUCGUGCUCUCCACCUUCGCCGCCCUCUGGAUCGAGCGAUACCGCCAGUCCGAGACCGUCAGCUCACUGCACUACAUCUCCAUUGCGGCUGGGAUCUGGCUGGCAGCCCAGUUGGGCGGAUACCUCAUGGACUGGAUCUACAAGCGCCUGAGACAAGGCCGGCGCUUGCGCGUGUCCCGGUUGGAGAAGGGCGCCGUAGAGGAGAGACCAGGUGUCCCCGAGUUCCGGGCGCCCUACAUGAUGAUCGGCGGCAUCAUGAUGCCCAUCGGCCUGCUCUGGUACGGCUGGGCGGCCGAGCGGCGCGCGACCUGGGUGGCGGUGGAUCUGGGUGCGCUGUGGUUCACCUUUGGCGGCACGAUGUAUGUGCAGGGCGCGCUUGCCUACACGCUCGACGAGUUCGAGGCCGGCGCUGCAUCGGCGCAGGCGGGAACGAGGAUGCUGUCGCAACUGGCCGGGUUCUGCUUCCCGCUGUUUGCGCCGCAGCUGUACGGCCGGCUUGGGUACGGGUGGGGGAACAGCGUGCUCGCCCUGGUGGCGCUGGCGUGCGCGGUGCCCAUGCCGUUUGUCUUGUGGUUUUGGGGAGAUCAGUUGCGCGCGAAGGGCAGGGACAGGGUUGCGUUUUGA